AGAAAUUAAUUAAAAUGAAUUCAAAUUUCUGGCGGACAUUAUUUUUCUUUAUCCUAAUAUUUACUGCAGAAAUCCUUGGCAAAAGAGGCGGUGGUGGUGGAGGCAGAGGAGGUUUUGGUGGUAGCAGAGGUUCAUCGGCAGCUCGUGGCAGUUCUGCUAAAAGUGGAGGAGGAGGAGGUGGUUGGUUUGGUGGAGGAAGUAAGUCAAGUUCUGGAAGUGGGCAUUAUUCUGGAAAAUCUGGUGGAUAUCAUGGUGGGGGUGGUGGCGGAUUUUAUCGAUCAAAGUAA